AGUCGCCGACCGCUUGUGCGCGGGGUAGUCGGGGCGCUUCCUCUUCCUCUAUCUCGGGCCCGGGAGAGACGAGCUUAGAAGAGUGAUCUUCCUCGCUCUCUGGAGGUCGUCUCAUCCUCGUGGAAUCCUCCUCCUACUGCAUCAAGACAAUUUCUUCAGCAUUUAACCACCUGAGGAAUCCAUCUUCUAUCUUCAGUCCCUCCCUCCCAUAAAAGCAAACUUACACACUCGUCCAGUCUUUCUCACUCUCCUAUUCAUCUACACCCCUUUACUGCUGGAGAGACAACUCAGCGGAGCCAGUGAGGCGAUUGUGAAGAACUCAACUCCACUUCUCUACAAGGCGAAAACAGAUUUUAACGACCGUCAUAAGUUUCUGAAGAGUCCGUCACCAUGCUGGACGUCGACGCUACGUUUGUGGAGAUCAACGGCUGGGGCCGGUACCAGAAGCUGAUGUACCUGCUGCUCUGCCUACCAACCAGCAUCGCAGGGGCGGCCGUCAUCAGCCUAUCAUGGACCGGCUUCAACAUGAAGUACAGGUGUUUGGUGCCUGCUUGCGAGAACGCCACUAGCGCCACCUAUGACGCGUGGUUCCUCAACUUUACCACACCACGAGACGCUGACCCAAGUGACCCGGCUUUUCCAUGGAGCGAGUGUCAAACAUUCCAGCCCAUGGUGCAGGGACAGUGUAACGCUGGAGCGUUUAAUGAGACUGUGACUCAGGAGUGUAGUCAGUGGGUGUACGAUACGUCUAUCAUGGAGUACACCAUCGUGUCAGAGUACCAACUGAGCUGCGGGCGCGCCUGGCUCAUCUCUCUGGCGAACAGUCUCUACAUGGUGGGCAUGUUUGUCGGAUCGCUCGUACUCGGAUACAUCUCAGACAGGUUCGGCCGAAAGGUGGCCAUGCUGCUCUCGUUCUUCACGGUGGGAGUGGUUGGCACCACGAUGGCGUUUGUUCCCAGUUUCGCUCUCUACGCACCCCUGCGCUUCCUCAUUGGCGUGGGAGGCAUGGGCAUCUUCAUGACCUGCUUCUUGCUGGGCGUCGAGACCGUCUCUAACGACGUGCGCACUCUUUGCGGCAUGAUCAUCCACUUCUUCUUCCCGUUCGGUGAGGCCAUGGUGGCCGUGUUCGCCAUCUUCGUCAAGGACUGGCACAGUCUGCAGCUCAUCAUAUCGGUGCCGGCCUUCAUAUUCAUGUCGUAUUACUUCUUUGUUCCCGAGUCGCCUCGGUGGCUUGCGGCGGAGGGAAAAUUUGAGCAGGCGGAGAGAAACCUUCGCACAGCUGCCAGAUUCAACGGAGUCCAGUUUCCAGAUCAUCUUUUGAAGAAGCAGUCACUGAAAACGUCCAACUCAGAGACGCCUAUUCUGCUGGACGAUCCGCCUCAGAUGUCCGUAUUGGAUCUGUUCAGAACGCCGGCGCUGCGGUGGCGCACACUCAUCAUUCUCUAUCAAUGGUUCGUCACUGCCAUGGUCUACUACGGCUUGGGCAUGAACGCUACCCAGCUGGGAAGCAGCGUCUACGUCAACUUCAUCCUGGUGCAGCUGAUCGAGAUCCCAGCGGCCAUCUCCUGUAUAUUCGUGCUCGAUCCGUGGGGCCGCAAGCUGAGCCUGGCGUUGUUCUUCGCGCUGAGCGGGAUUGGAAGUAUCGUCAGCGGGGUGUGCUCCAGCGGAAGAUCUGCCGCCAUGGAGACAAUCACAGUCGCAAUGGCCGUGCUCGGCAAAUACGGCUCAUCGGCGACAUUCGCCAUCGUCUUCGUCUACGGUGCCGAGUUGUUCCCUACUGAUCUGAGGAACAGCGGCAUCGGGAUGUCGUCAGCGGCCGGCAGAGUCGGAUCCAUCAUUGCACCCUUCAUCAUUAGCCUGGGAGGUUCAAGCCAGGUGCUCCCGAUGACCAUAUUUGGCGUGCUGUCGCUCAUUGGGGCAUUCAUCACCGUGUUCCUACCAGAAACCUACGGAGAGAACCUUCCAGACACCAUCGAGGAGACCGAGAGCUUCGGGAAGGACCAAUCACUGUGCUUCAUUCCGUGCCUGAACCGCCGCCGAGCCCGCAAGAUAGAGCCCUCGCCGCGGUCAGCAAGUCUGACAUGAAGAAUCGACUCUCUUCAGUUCGCUGUCGACAGUUGAUGCGCCAGGGGCAGCGAUUUGAUUGGUUGGAAGUUUCUCUUUGGAUUGCCAUGGAGACUGAAGGCAUGUGUUUGUGUGAUUUGUGAAUGUCUGAACGAUACUCUAUUGUGACUUUUGUAUGGCCUGCACUGCAGACGUGCAUACUGCAAAUGUCUGCUUGCAAUGUAAGGCGACAUAGUGGUCGGUUGCGUCAAGAUGAGGUAUUUUGUGUGCAGGAAUUGAAAGUUGGCGAAACUUUGUAGGCUUUUCACCACCGAGUGCCUUAUUACACUGGCUUGAGCUCUGCAACGGGCGUGGUGCCAUCGUAACGUUCUCUUCUUAUGUAGUUCGCUUUAUCCGUGAGCAACAUUCGUUCCUACUGACGGCAAGUGCUAACAGAAUGGUGCUGCUCAGUGGGCAUUCGCGUUGCAUUUGGACAAAUGGAAAUUCGGAAAAGGUUUCUUACGCUGCCCUGUAUGCUAUAAGGGUUUCUUUGUGAACUGACUGAACCUAAUUGAGGCAUGCUGAAUGAUGUCAAUUGGAAACGCGCUGUGAAGUAUUGCCAUCAUGGGGUAAGAUGGGUGUUGCAAGAAGGCCGUAUUGUCAUCUUAGAUGUUAUUUACUCGCUGUUAGUUCUCCCAUUUUGUCAUGGGGGAUGCCUCGGGCGUAAAUGACCUAGUGUGGUUGACGCGCCCGCAACUCUAAGUAACUAACAUGGGUGAUAGUUGUAGCCUCCCAUCAGGUUGUUAUCUUAUCCAACUGCUUUAUGGUUUCUUGUACUACUGAAUGAGCGCCGCGGUGCACCCUUUACACGAUGGAAAUAUCCCUGCAUGAAUGAAUUAUGUACACUAACUACUUCACGAAGUAAUCAUGACUAUCAAUGACUUGAAGUGUGAAUCUGAAACCACUUCAACUGACAUAAUCCAUGACUUACAAGUGUGGGCUCUAAGAGCUCACGUCAAUCGGUCAAUGGUUCAACUAACAAUAAGCUUGUGUAGUGUGUAGCAUAAUCAUGUUUAAUCGAACUUAGAAGCUCGUUAUUAAUCGCCCAGCCAACAAUUAUCCUGUGCAGCAUAACUGUUCAUAGAUAAAUACCAAACAUGUUCGUAGGCAAUAACCAAUCAUCUUAAU